CGACUCGGCGCCGAGUAGUCGCGCUCGCGCGGGCCCGCGGAGCGGAGCGAACUGUACCCGCCCGCGACAUAGUCUCGGGGCGCACGAUGUGCGAAGUGCGCUCAUGACCCCGCGCCCGCCCUCGGCCGCCGCCGCCGGAGGCCUCGCCGUGGUGACCAUACCCGAACAGCCCGUCGUCGGCGUCCUCGUCCGGCGCCAGGAUGGCGAUGACAGCGCCGACACCUGGAGCCGCAGCAGCGCCAGCAACAGCGAGUGGUCGGUCGGCGGCGGCGGCGAGGUGUCCGAGACCGUGGCCCCGCACGCCGCCGUGCUCCAGUCGUCGCCCGGGUCGUUCGGCGACAUCGCGGUGGAGAACUCGUCGGAGGUGUACAUCGGCAGCACGCACUUCCACGGCGCCGUCACCCUGGUCGUGUCGCCGAGCACCCUGCCCGCCGUGCUGCCGGCCGCCGACCAGCGCCUGCACCUGCCCGUCGAGGUCCAACCCGUCGUCGUCGGCCGCGGGGAGACGGUGACGGCGGCGGCGCCUGGCCAGCCGUCCGCCGUGGCAAAGUUCCGCCUGCGCAGACUGUUCUCGGCGCUGAGCGCGCGGAUCGCGGCGGUGGCGGUGGUGCUGGCGGUGCUGACGUGCAUCGCGCUCGUCAUCAAGAUGCCGCAGCUGAGCCGCGGGGAAGGGGAGGACGUCCCCUCAACGGCGACGCUUACGUCCAGCGGCCAGCCGCCUCGAACAACUUCACCCACCAGCAGGACGCCGCACACCACCACAGCAGCGGCGGCGUCCUCGGGGAAUGCGAGUGCAAACAACGAGCACCCUUCGCCUUCACGACGCCCGGGCUCGUACUCCCCCGGGAACUCUUACGGGAACAACUGGGGGUCGGGCACCAGCCAGGUGACCAACGUGACCUUCAACGGCAAACCUGUCAGCCCCGACGUCUGGGGACACUACUACCCUCCGCGGCCGUGGAACUCUUCCCUCUCUGGGAGGGGCCAUUGACUAAAGCACCGAGGCACUCUACUACAGUGCUGCCGUGGAACACUUCGAGGGGUCAUUGACUAAAGUACUGAGGCGCUCUGACAGUGCAGCCGUGGCCGAGGAACACCUCUCUCCCUUUGGAGGGGUCAUUGACUAAAGCAACUAAAAGUACCGAGGCACCUGGAGGCACUCUACAGUACUUUGCCGCGGAGGAAGUCGCCGGUCGGUGUGGCCGCGCGCCUCAGCAGCCUCGGGCGGGCGCGGGGUCAACGCCUCUCCUCCUCACGGGAGGGCGUGAGCGCGCUCCCAAGCCAAGCACACCGCCAAGACCCCGCCCUGCUGCUGCUGCAGCCUAGCGGGACUGCUCGGACGGACUAUGCAGUUUGAAACAACACCAACCACUCCUCUCUGCCAUUGGCUCUUCUAAUGAGAGGGGUAGAGCAACGGCGGGGCGGGCACUCUCUGCCCCCCCCCCUCCCUCUCCCCGGGUGUAUGUCCUGUCGUUAGCACCUUGGACCAGUUCAGCCGCGGGGCAGGCGCGCAGCCAACGGACGACCGUCGAAGGCAUCGAGAGACUCUGCGUGUAAAUAAUGAGACACAAUAAACACAAAAGAUUUUGUCCAAACAACCAUGCAAA